GCAGUAAAAAAAACCCCGAUUCCUUCGGAGGAGAGAGAGAGAGCGAGAGCGAGAGAGUUUUAAAAGGGGCAAACAAACCCUAAUUCGAUGCCCCUCUCCUUCACUCUCCUCGGUCAAACCCCAUGGCGCCAAACCCUAACCCUAAUUAACCCCGCCCCAAACCCUAAACUAGCUUCUCUCCCCACAACUAGGGUUAGGGUUUUGGAAUGGAAGGCGGCGGCGGCGGCGGCGAUGUGGAGCUUUUCUGCAAGACUCUCCAAUUCGAGCACAAGUUGUUCUACUUCGAUCUAAAGGAAAACCCUAGGGGCCGAUACCUGAAGAUCUCCGAGAAGACGUCGGCGACGAGGUCCACGAUAAUUGUGCCCGUGAACGGGAUCGUUUGGUUUCUUGAUCUGUUCAAUUACUACGUUAGUACUGAUGAGCGUGAUGCUUUUAGUAAGGAGCUGAAGCUUGAUGCAAAGGUGUUUUACUUUGAUGUUGGCGAGAACAAAAGGGGGAGGUUCUUGAAGGUCUCUGAAGCAUCUGUAAGCAGAAACCGGAGCACAAUUAUCAUUCCUGCAGGAAGCUCUGGUGAAGAGGGAUGGGCCGCAUUCAGGGAUAUAUUGCUCGAGAUCAAUAAUGAAGCUUCAAGGCUUUUCCUUGGGUCCAAUCAGCAACAUAUGGAACCUUCAGAACAGCUUGCGGGACUUUCAGAUGAUGUGGGAGCUGGAUUUAUAUCAGGCCACAGUUCCCAGCAACCCUCCGGGUCAGACCUUAACGUAGAUAGGCUAGUUGAACUCCCCCCACAUGAGGAAAUGGCGAACUUGGGUCUGUCAAAAGUUAUCAGAGCAGAUCAAAAAAGGUUCUUCUUUGAUUUGGGAAGCAAUAACAGGGGCCAUUUUCUUAAGAUAUCCGAGGUUGCUGGGGCAGACCGCUCAUCAAUUAUCCUACCCUUGUCCGGAUUGAAGCAGUUCCACGAAAUGGUCGGUCACUUUGUGGAGAUAACCAAAGACAAGCUUGAUGGGAUGACUGGCGCAAAUGUGAGGACUUUGGAGCCCUUACCUAGAUGAUAUGUCGACAGCUCGGGGAAAGGCAUGUUGGUGGUUUGAUGCUGUUUGCUUUAAGUUAGCUGUCUAUUUUUACAUUGACCUGGGAACUCAGGAGUGCAUUUGUUUAGUUGGUGUGGUUUUUCAUUAAAGUUUUAUUUUUAAUGAUUGUAGAAAUAAUCUCUGAUUCUCUUUAGAGAGUAGAGAGUCUCUUGAGUGUUGUUUGGGUGAGGUUUUGUUUGGAGUGUAGCAAUAAGGGGGGACACCGUUCGGUACAUUCUGUAAUAUGUUAAUUUGGUGGUAUAGGAGCAAGUGAGACAUUGCAACCUGAA